AUGCAUGCCUUUCGGCCUUUUGAUGACACAGGGAACCGCCGCUCGGCAUGCAAUCGGUGCCGAAGCCAUAAGUUACGAUGCGAGCGCUUCGCUGAAGAAGGACAAUGUCGCCGCUGCUUGAAAGCGAAAAGCGAGUGUGUGACCAGUGCGGCGCUGAAAUCUGGUCGCCCGGCCCACCUAUACGUGCAAAAUGAGCAGAAGGCGAGUGAACAGGUCUACUACUCAUCGGAAACUUUGCACCUGGGAGCUCAACAAGCCUUGCCAACAUUUCCAACUCCACCACCGACAACUCGAGAGGGCAUUCUAGACAAUCAUGCUAUGCUUCAAGAUCCAAUGAUUGACAUGCAUCUGUUUCGUUCGCCCUCUGCCUUUGACACUACCUGGACAGAAAUUUUUGAAUUCGGUUCAGCUUCUCAUGGUGAAAGUCUAACAGCAAUGAGCCGGCACGUGGCUGAGCAGCAAGCAAACACGACUGAUAGUCUUCUAUCGGACAAAAAUGUGGAGCUGAUGAGAAGGCUCGGCGAAUUGCAGACAAAGAUUUUGAUCGACCUUGAAGCAGUAAAAUCCUGUGGUACAGCAGAUAAGUGCACGCGUUCAGCAACCCCUGGAUCUGAAUCUCAUCAGGCCUAUAAUUACCUUAUUGGACAUAUGUUGGACAGCUCGACCGCGUUACUCAAUAUCCUCGAGUGUUUUCAACCAGUCUCAAACACAUCAACCCAGCCUUCAGGCGAGAAUGGGUCUGACGCCACCACGAAAAGGGACGAUAGAGCCCGUUGCAACGCCCCCACGAUGUUCACACUGGCGUCGUGCUAUGUGUGUCUUGUCCGAAUCUACCGCACGAUAUUUUCAUGCAUUUAUGAUUCCCUUCCGUUCUUACUUGGCUCACCAACGGCCAAUUUCCAACUAUUUCCUGGGAUGAAUCUAGGAGGCUUUAAACUUGAGCCACGACUCGACCUGCAAGUACAGAUCUUGCUUCAUGUUAGCGAAGACAUGUUAGCGAGGAUUGAAGCUAAAUUUGGCAUACCCAACGCUAAGUCUAGUGGUGGGAAUAGCAUUUUUGACCCUGUAAAGAUUGCAAAUACUCUGCAUUCAAUGCUAGAGGAGGAAUCCAAUGAACAACCGCCGCUGCAAGAACAAAGGGGCGAAAGUGCACCACUAAGGCAAAUCCUGGCCGGGAUAAAACAAGCAAUCGACAUAAGGAGCGCGAAAUGA